UCUCUCAGAGCAGCAGUGGAGAUUUUUCUGUGCACACGCCGGAUAUUCAUCACAUAAAAAAAGGACUCACUCACUCGCGAUCGAAAGCGGCGAGAGAAAGACGGACACUUCCUCGGGUCGUGUUCACCUCCACGUUCCACCUCUCCAGUUUAGGCCGUCGUUGCUUUUUGUUUCUUCUUAUUUUUUUCUUCCCCCAGUCUUAGUUGUAUGCUUACAUCUGGCAUUUUUUCCACAGGAAUUGCGAUUAUCUCUGUGGCGCAUUCAGGUUUGGGUGGGCUGAUAUGGUAGAUUAUCACAACGCUAAUAACCAAUCCUCGGCCGGAGGCGCGCAAAUCUACAUGGAGCAAGAGAAUGACUGGGACCGGGACCUGCUGCUAGACCCGGCGUGGGAGAAACAGCAGAGGAAGACGUUCACGGCAUGGUGCAACUCCCACCUGAGGAAGUCCGGCACGCAGAUCGAAAACAUCGAGGAGGACUUCAGGGAUGGGCUCAAACUCAUGCUGCUGCUGGAGGUCAUCGCAGGCGGACGGUUACCCAAACCUGAGCGAGGAAAGAUGAGGGUGCACAGGAUCAACAAUGUGAACAAAGCCCUGGACUUCAUCGCCAGCAAAGGAGUGAAGCUGGUCUCUAUUGGAGCCGAGGAAAUCGUGGACGGAAAUGCCAAGAUGACCUUGGGAAUGAUCUGGACCAUCAUCCUCCGCUUCGCCAUCCAGGACAUCUCCGUAGACGAAACUUCUGCGAAGGAGGGUCUCCUCUUGUGGUGCCAGAGGAAGACCGCGCCCUACAAGAAUGUCAACGUGCAGAACUUCCACAUCAGCUGGAAGGACGGUCUCGCCUUCAACGCUCUGAUCCACAGACACAGACCGGAUCUCAUCGAUUACGACCGUCUCAGAAAGGACGACCCGGUGACCAAUCUGAACAACGCCUUCGAGGUGGCUGAGAAGCACCUGGACAUCCCCAAGAUGUUGGACGCAGAGGACAUCGUGGGUCAUCUGCGGCCGGAUGAGAAGGCCAUAAUGACCUAUGUAUCCUGCUUCUAUCACGCCUUCUCUGGUGCACAGAAGGCCGAGACAGCCGCCAAUCGCAUCUGCAAAGUGCUGGCUGUCAACCAGGAGAAUGAGCUAAUGAUGGAGGACUACGAGAAGCUCGCCAGCGAGCUGCUGGAGUGGAUCCGUCGCACCGUCCCCUGGCUGGAGAACCGGACCCAGGAGAAGACCGUGAACGACAUGCAGGCGAAGCAGGAGGACUUCAGGGACUACCGCUGUGUCCACAAGCCACCUAAGGUCCAGGAGAAAUGCCAGCUGGAGAUCAGCUUCAACACUCUGCAGACUAAACUGAGACUCAGCAACAGGCCGGCCUUCAUGCCAUCCGAAGGACGCAUGGUGUCUGAUAUCAACGGAGCGUGGCUAACUCUGGAGGGAGCGGAGAAGGGCUACGAGGAGUGGAUCCUCAGCGAGAUCCGGCGCCUGGAGAGGCUGGAGCACUUGGCCGAGAAGUUCUACCAGAAGGCAGCCAUCCACGAAUCCUGGACUGACGGUAAGGAGGUCAUGCUGACGCAGAAAGACUACGAGACCUCCACCCUGUCGGAGGUCAAGGCGUUGCUACGAAAACACGAGGCCUUUGAGAGCGACCUGGCAGCCCAUCAGGACAGAGUGGAGCAGAUCGCCGCCAUCGCACAGGAACUCAACGAGCUGGACUACUACGACUCAGCCAGCGUCAACGCUCGCUGUCAGAAGAUCUGCGACCAGUGGGACACCCUGGGCGCCUUCACCCAGAGCCGCAAAGAGUCCCUGGAGAGGACGGAGAAGCAGCUGGAGUCGAUAGACGAGCUGUACCUGGAGUACGCCAAGAGGGCGGCGCCCUUCAACAACUGGAUGGAGGGAGCGAUGGAGGACCUGCAGGACAUGUUCAUCGUCCACAAUAUCGAGGAGAUCCAGGGUCUCAUCACGGCCCACGAUCAGUUCAAGUCCACCCUGGCAGAGGCCAACAAGGAGCGGGAGGCCAUCCAAUCCAUCCAGGCCGAGGUGCGGAAGAUCGCCCAGAGCAACGGCAUCAAGCUGAGCGCAGCCAACCCCUACACCACGAUCACACCCGAGAGCAUCGACGGCAAGUGGGAAAAGGCGAUGGCCAUGGUGCCGGUGCGUGACACCGCCCUGCAGGACGAGCUCAACAAACAGAACUCCAACGACGCGCUGAGAGCCAAGUUCGCCACCCAGGCCAACACGGUCGGCGCCUACAUCCAGGCCAAGAUGGAGGAAAUCGGCAGGAUAUCCAUCGAGAUGAACGGCACCCUGGAAGACCAGCUGACCAACCUGAGGGAGUAUCAGAAGAACAUCAUGUCGUACAUGCCCGAAAUCAACACGCUGGAGGGCGACCAUCAGCUCAUCCAGGAAGCCCUCAUCUUCGAUAACCAGUACACCUCCUACACGAUGGAGCACCUCCGCGUGGGCUGGGAGCAGCUGCUGACCACCAUCGCCAGAACCAUCAACGAGGUGGAGAACCAGAUCCUGACGCGUGACGCCAAGGGCAUCAGCCAGGAGCAGCUCCACGAGUAUCGCGCCUCCUUCAACCACUUUGACAAGGACCACAGCGGGGCGCUGAUGGCCGAGGAGUUCAAGGCCUGCUUGAUCAGUCUGGGCUACGACGUGGAGAACGAAAAGCAGGGAGACAGCGAGUUUACUCGCAUUAUGGGCAUCGUGGACCCCAACGGCAGCGGCACUGUGACCUUCCAGGCCUUCAUCGACUUCAUGUCCAGGGAAACGACCGACACGGACACCGCCGACCAGGUCAUCUCCUCUUUUAAGAUCCUGGCCGCUGAUAAGGCCUUCAUCACAGCCGAGGAGCUGAGGAGGGAGCUCCCCCCCGACCAGGCAGAGUACUGCAUCGCCCGCAUGGCGCCCUACUUGGGAGCGGACGCCGCCCCCGGCGCCCUGGACUACAUGUCCUUCUCCACCGCCCUAUAUGGAGAGAGUGACCUGUAGAGCAGGCAAGAGGAAGAGGAGGAGGAAGAGGGCUGGACAGCGGAGGAGAGUCAUUCUGGGCAUAAAGAAGUCACCCGAAAAUCGAGCGUCUGUAACCAAUUGGAGUGGUGGUCGUGAGGUUCCCCUUCGUGUGCCGGUUUAGAAAUCUUCGGAAUAAUUUUUUUUUAAAGAGCGCUGAUACUUGUUGAUUGAACUGUAGUUAUGAUUGGCCUCUGUCGAAUGUCUCUUCUCACAGCCUCCGUAAACGGAUCGAGAGUUAUCAAUUUUUCGUGGAACGGUUCUUAUGAACGGGCAUAUCCAGGAGCAGCUGUGGGUCAGGGGGGAGGCGGGGGGGACAGUUCCUCUGGUGCGGGGUCCUUCAGCUUCACCCUCUCUGCCUUUUUGGUGGGCUCAAACCGGGGCACGAGCUAAUCUGAUACUCAUGCUAAUUCUUUGUUUAUUUUAUUAUAAUUUCUUUCUUCUUGCAAGCCGGGUCAGGGUGUGGGGUCUUGACAUGGCGACUGGCGAGGUUUGUGUAUAAGAUCCUAGAGAGAUAUCUGCUGCGGGAGGGGUGGGAAGGGUUAAUGAUCAAAACAGAGAUUAAAAAAAGACAUAUUUAAGCAUAAUUCCCAUGUUGCUGGAUAAGGUAACCUGUCUAACCUCAUCUUUUUUCCCCCUCUCUCUCCUGUCUGUUUAUUUCUUCCAAUUCUUUUUUUUACAUUUUUCUUUCCCUGGGAGCAGGUGGGUGGAGUUUGCAUGGGGAUGUGGGCGGGGCUGGGGGGGGGGCUCAGAGCUGUACAUACUUUUUUUUUCCCUGUGGCACACACACGGUCCCGUUGUCAAGAGUAAACGAUCGCAAGCUUCCCAGUAAGUGAGUGACAUUUAUUAUUAAAAUAAAAUGACAAAUGCAAGCAAUUCUAAAAAAUUAAAAACAACACAGUGAGCAGGUUAACAGUGGAUAGGUUUGAGGGGGUUUAUUUUGCAAUGGAAACAGUCGGUCGCCGUGACGUUUAAGGCCUUCUGUAUAAAACCCACGACAGGCAAACGACUGUAGUUCUCCACUAAUAUUUGCUUCUGUGAAACUAUUCUCCUGGGGUGGGCUUCAGGUGCUUAUUUAAAUACAAAAAGUCUAUACAUUUAUAUGAUAGGUAGGAUUGUAGUAGUCAAAGUUAGACCAGUUUUAUAUACCAGAAAUCGCGCACAGAUGCAAAAUUAUACACACACACACACACACAUCAUGGAUGCAUCUGAUUGGCUGAGUAAAGGUUUCUUUGCACUUCCUAAUUUUUUUUUUUUUAGAGCUGCCAUAGUGCCACGCUGUGGAGGGAAAAAUGGAAAAACAGUGGAAGAAAUGAAAUAAUUAUGCCUAUUGGUGGUGCCAGCCCUGUCUCGCUCACGUUCUCCCCCUCUUUUCUUACAUCUCAUAAUUUGUCGCUAACGAAAAGGGAAAGAAAGUUUGAACAAGGAGGAAAGAUCAGGGAGCGGUCUUCAUGUAAACAUUAGAAAAAAAGAGGUACAAAAAACUAUGCAAUCAUAAUGUGUUCAAUUGCUGAGUUCUAAGGGACGUUGUGGGCAUCAAUCGGGCCUUUUUCUGAAUAAGUUCCCCGACUAAAUUUAACGGAGGCUAAUGAGAUUUCUCCAGUGUUUGUUGGCUGUUGUGGGGGGGAGAGAGAGAGACGGAGUGACAGACAAGGAAAGCAAUUGAGAAGAAAAGACUCGGACCAAAAACUUGUUUCCAUUUUUUUUCUUAUUUCUCACUCCCUCCUCCCCUGCGAGGUUGGAGAGAAAAUUAACUCUGGACUUGUGAUUUUCUUUUUCUCCGUUUUUUUUGUACUCUUUAAUAUCAAACCUUAUCUGCUGUACUGGAAACUGCAAUGCCUUCUGUCUCUAAUCAUGAGUGAGUUUCACAAAAGCACACAUAAAAGUUUCCUUACAAAAUA